GACUGGCGCCGGGAGCUGCUGGCCGCGCCGCACGCCGCCGCCGCCGCCGCAGCCGCCGGGCCCAAGCGCAAGCCCGAGGUGGUGCUGCCGCUCUUCUCCCGGCCCGGGAUGUUCCCCGAGCACCCGCACAGCCCCUUCGCCGUGUCGCCGCUGCCGGGCCGCCCCGGCGUGCUCAACGUGCCCAUCUCGCCGGCGCUGUCGCUCACCCCCACGCUCUUCUCCUACAGCCCGUCGCCGGGGCUCAGCCCCUUCGCCGCCGCCGGCAGCAGCUGCUUCUCCUUCAACCCCGAGGAGAUGAAGCACUACCUGCACUCGCAGGCCUGCUCCGUGUUCAACUACCACCUGAGCCCGCGGACUUUCCCCCGCUACCCGCUGGUGGUGCCGCCGCUGCAGUGCCCGGUGCCGCUGGAGGAGCAGCCGCAGUUCCCCAUCAAGCUGCAGCCGCCGCCGGCCGGCCGCAAGAACCGCGAGAGGCUGGAGAGCCCCGAGGCCGCCGGCGCGCCGCUGCCCCGCGUCAAGGUGGAGCCGGCGCCGGACAAGGAGCAGCACGAGGAGGAGGAGGAGGAGGAGAAGCCGGAGAGACGCCACGGGGAGGAAGAGGAGGAGGAGGAGGAAGAGGAGGAGAAGGUGCCGGUUUUCGCCCGCCCGGCGGCUCCGGCGUGGAUCCCCGUGCCCGCUCCGGCCGGCGCCCCCGGAGAGGAGAGCGCGGAGAAAUCGGGCCGGGAUUGCUCCGGGGAGGCCGGGGGCCAGGAGAGGAGGGAGGACGCCCUGAUGCCCCCCAAGCUGCGGCUGAAGCGCCGCUGGAACGGAGAUUCCCGGCAGGAAAUGCCCGAGGAGCCGCGGCCCAACGGGAUCUGGCACCUCCCCAAGGCCGUGGCCGCCGCCUCCGACACCUAAUCCCGGCUGGAACAAAAAAACCUUGGAAAACACCCGGAAAAACAUCCGUGUAUUUAUGUAGCAAGGUGGAGCUUGGGAAUUUUGCAUCGGGAAUUUUGCACUGUCCACGGAGCGGGGUUGGGGCGGGGGGAAGAGGAUUCAGGAAAACUCGGAAAAUCGGGAUGGAGGCCGCGUCGUUCCCGGCGGAUUUCCGGGGAAAUUUCCCCUUUUCCCGCCUUUUUUUCUCUCUCUCUCUCUCUCUCUCUCUCUCUCACAGAAGCCAUGAGCAAAACUCUCCAAACUUUUUCAGGGAAUGGGAACGGGAAUAACACAAAAUUAACCGGAUGCCUUUAAUCCUAACGCAUUAAAAAUGUUGGGGUUUGGUUUUUUUUUUUUUGUUUUCGUGUGCCCGGAGCGGGAGUUUUUUCUUUCCCGCUGCGGAAUCCGUGUGGGUGGAAUUUUUGGGAAUGCUUGGAAGGAGCGCUGGAAUGAUUGUGGUGAGUCCCGGGAACGCCGGAAUUCCCGGCGCCAUUCCCAGAUUUUUGGACCCUCCCCCUUUCUCCCCGUUUGACUCAUGCCUUAAAGAAGAAAACAAAAACCACGUUUGGACUUUUUCUGGGAAUUUUCUUUCCGGGAAUCGCUCGGAUUUCGUGGAUCCCUCCUGGUUUUUGGGGGGGGGAAAAUCCCAAAUCCCGCCGUUCCCCGCGCAGCGGAAUUCCGGAGGCUCCGAUUGUGCUCCCAGCGGGAUAAACCCUGGAGAAGGCCGGGGCGGAGCCGGGAAUUCCCAAGGAUUCACAAAUGCCGGGAAUUCCGGGGGGACGGCGCGGGGCAGGAAAAUUCCCUGCUGGAAGAGGAACCGGGAGCGAUUCCCAAAGUCCCAACCCGGCCGGGUUUGGGAUCCUUCGGAAUGUGGAGUUCAAAGAAUUUGGGGUGGAAAACCCCUGGAUUAUCCCAAAAAAAAAAAACAAAACAAAACAAAAACCCCGGAGAGGGCGCGAGGACGAACUCAGGAAUUACACGAGGAGGCCUUUCCCGGAAUUCCCGCUGCCGAUCCCAAAUCCAAGUGCCGGAACCGUCGGGAAAAACACAAAAAAAAACGGGGGGAAAUCCCAGAUUUUCCCCACCUCCAAUCCUUCGGAUUCGAGGCGAAAUCCCACGGGAAGAGGAGGAAAGAAGUUGGAGUUUUUGUGGCUUUAAAAAGGAUUUUUUGGGAUUGGGGGUUUUUUUGGGAAGGGGGGGAACGUUGGGGGUUUUUUUUUUUUUCCCAGCCAUUGCCCUGCAAAAAAAAAAAAAAAAAAGGAAAAAAAAAAAAAGGAUUAAAAAUGAAAACGGAAAUAAAAAACUUGGGAGAGUUCAGGGAAUUCCGGACUCAGGACGACGGAUCCGGCGCCUCUCGGGAAUUCCGGAAUUCCCAACGGAGCCCGGGAGGAGGAAAAAAAAAAGCAGGAAGAGGAAGGAAAUAAAAAACAAGCAGGAAGAGGAGAAUGAAAACAUUAAAAAAAAAAGGAUUUAAAGGAAAAAAAAAAUCAACCAGAUCAAAAUUUUAUGGAGAAAAAAAUCGGAAAUUUCAAGGAAAAAUUCCUAAAAUUCCAAGGUGCCAAACCGUUCAAUAAAAACAAACCCUCGGGAAGUUGGGAAUGGUUGGAAUUCUCUCCUGGAUGAAUUUGCCCCGGAGCAUGAUCCCGUUUUUCCAGCCGUUUUUUUUGUUAAUUUUGCUUCUUUUUCGUAGCAAAUCCGUAGGAAAAAUGUUAAAAAACGAGAAAAAAAAAAAGACUUUUUGAUGGGACAACCCCAAAAAGGGGGAAUUUUUGGGGAGGAAUUCCCCAAAAAGGAGGAAAAGGAGGAAAAAUCCCAACAGCAUUAAUGGGGUUGUCCCGGAUUUUUUUAUUUAUUCCAUAAUUAUGUUGAGGUUUUUUAUUAUUUUAAGCUGUUUUUCCGUUGGUUUCUUUCUUUUUUUGUUCGCGUCUCCGCGUCCUGGUGGGAUUGAAAAAAAAAAACCAGGAAUUUUCUCUCGGUUGAAAUCAUCAAAAAUCCGGAAAAACUUUGGGUUUUCCGGGGGAAAAAAACUUUGAUUUUUUUUUUUUAGCGCUUUUUAAACCGAUAUUUACGCUUUUCUUUGGGUUCAAAAAACCCCUUUUUCGAGGGAUUUUGAGGGAUUUGAACUCUGCCCGGUGGGAAUCCGGCAGGAAUCCACCGGGAAAAUCGAUGGAAUUUGGGAUGGGGAGCGUGGCUUUGUACAUAGGGUGUAAAGUAGAGGGGCAAAAAAAAAGAAAACAUAAAAAAAAAAGACAAAAAAUCCGAAAUUUGUGCCUUUAAAAAGUUCCGAUUUCUAUAAAAAUCAGAUUUAAAAAAGGGUUGCAUAUAUAUAUUAUAUAUAUAUAUGAUGGAGUGCUAGAGAAAUUUAUGGAUAAUAUACAUAUUUUUUUCCAGGGGUAUCCCAUAGCUCCGUAUUUUGUUAUGGAAGUUGAAAAAAAAAAAAACGGAAAAAAAGGAAAAAAAAAAAAACCUGAAAAAUAAAAAGUAUUUUACCUCGAAUUGAAAACGUUAAAUAAAAACCUUUUAACAGA